AUGAAAAUCCUCGUUGUUUCCUUCCUGAUCGCCGUGAUUUCUGGACAACAAACUUGCGGUCUGCCGGACACUUAUCCAUGCCCUUUGGAGAAAACAUUCCCGAGGGAUAAUAUUUACAGAACUUAUAUUGUCAAAGUGACAAUUCAAGGAGACAGUAAUUUGCCGCUAGAAGAUGACCGAAACUGGCAAGUCUUCAAUGAUAUGAAUGGAUACAAUGACAGUAGUGACAUGAGAGACUACACGAUGAGAUAUGACAGUAACGGUGCCGGAGUUAUCAUCACUUUUGACUUGCCAUUCGCUGCGAAUACUUUUAUGAGCAGAAGCUCCAACCAUGCCUCACUGAUGCAAAACCUUGAAACACCGGUGCUGGUAGAAUGGCUUGGUCUUGACCAAUCCUUCAUCACUUCCGCGCUUGAUGUCCAAAUCACGACUCCGAACAAUUGCGACAAUGUGGAGCAACCCUGCGCGAGUUUGAAUCUCAGCUGCGAAGAAAUUUCUUCAAGUGGCCGAAUGGAAUGCAGUUCGCCUUGUGAUUCAACAAUGCUUAUUGAAACAUGUGGAACUCAUGCGACUUGUUCGCAAAAAGCGGAUCCUAUAAAUACCGGUCAAUACGCUGCCCCUGUCUGUGAAUGCGAAGGCGAUUAUUGGUGGCGAUCCAAUGAAGAGCCAAAUUCUUGCCGACCGGUGAUGCAGAAUUGGCUGAUAAUCGUCAUCGCUGUUGUUGGAUUCCUUGUCAUUAUGCUUAUCAUCUUCUUAAUCGUCUACUGCUGCGUCAGAAAAUGCCAGUGUCCAGUUUGGUGUGGUCCUUGUUGCUGCUGCUGCAAACGGGAAGAUGACAGAGAUUUGGUCUACAAAGUUACUGGGGAACAAAUCAACCAUAGUUUCCAAUCAGACGAGGGGGAGAAAAAGCUGCCACUACCUGAUGCAUAUUCGAGUCAAACGAAUACAGUGAGAAAUCCAGCGAUCUGCAAUGUUUCCAAAAAAGAAGCCGAGAACGACAACUACAGACCCGACAACAUCCACGAUAGAAGUCGAGACUUCCCCAUCUUCAACGAUUCCAGCGCAGACAAUGGAACCAACUUCAUCGACAAGCACUUCAUCAGUAUUCUCUUCACCAAUAACCUCUUCGACAAUCACUUUUUCAUCAACAACACUCCCCACCAUCUCAUCACCGACUCUCCACGAAGAUCCGAGCCUAUUUGA